AUGCUCCACGCCCUGGCCAAGCACGCCGGCUGGAGUCUCGCCAUUGCCUGCAAAGGCCCUCGGCGCCCCCAUCGGCCUCGCCCGCUUCGGCUACGCCUACGCCCCCUCGACGAGGCCCUCUCCCGCGCCGUCAUCGACCUCUCCAACCGCCCCUACUCCGUCAUCGACCUCGGCCUCCGCCGCGAGCGCAUCGGCGACCUCAGCUGCGAAAUGAUCCCCCACUGCAUGCAGUCCUUUGCCCAGGGCGCCCGCGUCACCCUCCACGUCGACUGCAUCAGGGGCGAGAACGAUCACCACAGGGCCGAGAGCGCUUUCAAGGCCCUCGCCAUCGCCGUUCGCGCCGCCACCACCAAGGUCGCCGGCAGGGAAGGCGAGAUCCCCAGCACCAAGGGCACCUUGACUGCGUAA